UGUCAAUAUGGUAAUAAAUAUGUCAGUCCAAUAUUUGCCAUGCUUCUUACUGCAUUAAAUAAUUAUUUAUUGCGUAUGAAGAAAACCUAAUAUACAUGAUCGAAAGUUAUUGUUAUAUUUACUGCGAAGUUGUGUGAGUUAUCCAGUUGAAAAAUAUGGGUGAAUUGAGCGUCAACGGCAAUAAUCCUGAAAAGGACCAAGAUGAAAACAUUACUGAUAAGGACUUACCUUUAAGUUUUGUAGAAAGCAGACAUACAGAACCAAUUGUAGGAAUUGAUUGUAUCACACAUAUGUGGAGAAUGAAAGAAAGGAUGAAAACAGUCAGUGUUGCUUUAGUUCUAUGUUUAAAUGUUGGAGUUGAUCCACCAGAUGUUGUCAAAACACAACCAUGUGCCAGACUGGAGUGCUGGAUAGACCCGACCACAAUGUCUUCAUCUAAAGCUCUAGAAAAAAUUGGUCAGAGCCUUCAAACGCAAUAUGAGAGAUGGCAGCCAAGGGCAAGAUACAAACAAUCCUUGGAUCCCACAUCUGAUGAAGUGAAAAAAUUAUGUACAUCAUUACGUAGAAAUGCAAAAGAAGAAAGAGUGCUCUUCCACUAUAAUGGUCAUGGAGUUCCUAAACCAACGUCAAAUGGAGAGAUAUGGGUGUUUAAUAGGACAUACACGCAAUAUAUUCCAUUGUCAAUAUAUGAUCUACAAACUUGGAUGGGAGCUCCAUCUAUUUACGUAUAUGACUGUUCAAAUGCCGGAAUAAUUGUUGAAUCAUUUAAACAGUUUGCCAAUCAACAUGAAUCUGAAUAUCAACAAAAUGUUAACCAACAGACAAAGCUUGCAAAUAAUCAACCGCCAUCGUUUAAAAAUUGUAUUCAACUAGCAGCUUGUAGUUCGGACCAAGUAUUACCUAUGAAUCCAGAUUUGCCUGCUGACCUGUUCACUGCCUGCCUAACCACGCCCAUUAAAGUUGCCUUAAGGUGGUACGUUCUACAGCCCACUUCGAAGUUAAUGCCAAAAGUUGACUUGGAAUUAAUCGACAAAAUUCCCGGACAAAUUACCGAUCGCAGAACUAUGUUAGGAGAACUAAAUUGGAUUUUCACUGCAAUAACCGACACUAUUGCUUGGAAUACUUUACCAAGAGACUUAUUUCAAAAACUCUUUCGUCAAGACCUACUUGUAGCUAGUCUUUUUCGAAAUUUCCUGCUAGCCGAAAGAAUCAUGCGAUCCUGCGAUUGUACUCCUGUUAGCAGUCCCCCAUUGCCACCUACGUUUCAACAUCCUAUGUGGAAUGCGUGGGAUCUAGCCCUAGAUCUAAGUUUGGGACAAUUACCAGGCAUAAUUAAUAAAGAAGAACCGUUUGAACAUUUACCAUUCUUUGAAGAACAAUUAACAGCUUUUCAAGUAUGGCUUGAGUUAGGUUCUGAAGAAAGAAAUCCACCUGAACAACUGCCGAUAGUGUUACAAGUUCUAUUGAGCCAAGUCCAUCGAAUGAGAGCUCUUGAAUUGUUAGGAAAGUUUCUAGAUUUGGGACCGUGGGCUGUCAAUUUAGCGCUCUCAGUUGGAAUAUUUCCAUACGUUUUGAAAUUACUGCAAAGCUGUGCUAAAGAAUUAAGGACCCUAUUGGUCUUCAUUUGGGCUAAAAUACUGGCUGUUGAUAAUACAUGUCAAUCAGAUCUUGUUAGAGAUAAUGGUCAUAAAUACUUUUUAUCAGUAUUGCAAGAUACAUCAAUAUCGGCUGAAUCGAGGACGCAAGCCACGUUUGUAUUAGCGUGUAUAGUAAACAACUACCAUGAUGGUCAAGAAGCAGCUCUACAAGGAUCGUUAGUGAGUGUCUGUUUAGAGCAACUUAACGAUCCUUCACCUCAGUUACGACAAUGGGUGGCUAUUUGUUUAGGGCGAUUAUGGGACCAUUACGAAAAGGCUAGAUGGACUGGUGUCAGAGACAUAGCUCACGAAAAAUUGUACAAUUUGUUAAAAGAUCCAGUAUCUGAGGUAAGAGCAGCAGCUGUUUAUGCGUUAGGAACCUUCAUCAACUCAGUAAUGGAACGUUCUGAACAUGCGAACAAUGUCGACAACGCCGUAGUAAUGACAUUGGUUAACACAGUAAGUGGUGAUAUGAGUUUUUUGGUUAGAAAGGAACUAGUCAACGCUCUCCAAUGGGUUGUGUUAGCUUUCGAACCACUUUUUGUUAAUUUAGCUGUGAAAGAACAAACUAGUAUUUCUCCCGGUCAAGAUUGUAUACUGAGUUCGGGAGGAAUGAGAAGAAUGGGAAGCAGAGAUAGACUGAAAAUCGGAGAUUACGACUCCAUGGAAAGGAUGAAACGAGUUUCUUCCAGUUCGGCAAUCAACAACAUAAGUCAUCAAGGAAUGACUACGAGUUACUCAGGAAGCCUUAGUACGUUAUCUAGUCUUAGUUACGGUUCUGUGUAUAUGAAAAUAUGGUCUGCCUUAAGUUCCUUGGAAAAUGAUCCCCAUCCAGAAGUAGCCCAGAUGUGUUCUACAGUUACGGGUCACAUUAGGACACUUGUAAAGGAACAAUGGGAAACUGUAGAUCGUGUUAAUAGUCUGAAUAGUUCAAGUUUAAGUUUACCUCCUAGUCCAAAUAAAGGAAAUUACUUUACAGAGAGUCCUCCGACUCUACAUCCAGCUGGAGAUCUUCAAAAAUUAACCAGGUCGACUAUAGCCAGUAGAACACGCAAAUUGCAUAGAAAUGUGAUUAGUGAAGAAAGCGAAGAUAAAAUGCAAUUCUGUCGAAAACCUCUUGUUAAUACGAAAUUCGUGGAAUGGUCUUCCAAGCGAUUCGCACAAUCCAACAAGAAAGAGAAAAACUUCAGAGACAAAGAGUGCACUUCUUACUAUGAAAGAGAUUGGAGACAUUCGAGAAACGAUAGUAUAAGAACAGAAGCCACAGAAGAGCAUCGCAAGGCGCUAGCAUCGAGAGUUGAAUCGCAAGUAUUUCAUAUACGGACUGCAGUUCCUCCUAGCUUAUUGCAAUUACAUCCGUUUGAUCAACAAAUUGCGGUAGCUGGAAAUGAUAGCUUUGCCAUAUUUGACUGGGGUACUGGGGCGAAAACUACAUCUGGUCAAAACAGAUCAUCCAAAGUAGUAAAUAGUAAAAUCACUUCGAUGGAGUGGAUUAACAGCCACGAUAUAGGUAUGCUUAUGGUAGCUUCUGAUGAUGGUGGUAUCAAAUUGUGGAAACCCAACACUGGCACUAGUCGUGAACCCUCACUCAUUACUGCUUGGCAGGCGUUUAGUGAAUUAAAACCGAAGUAUUCAGGUAUAGAAAUGACAUGGGAGCAAUGGACCCAAACUCUGAUAACUGCAGGAGACUCACGGGUUAUUAGAUUUUGGGAUGCAGAAAGGGAGUUAAAAGCUUUUGACAUACCCACAGGGACGGACAGUUCCGUUACGUGUAUAGACUCGACGUUUUCAAGUAUAUGUCACGAGAAUUACAAAAAGCACUACAGCGGCUUCGAAGUAAACGAUGAUGGUUUAUUGCUAAAUGGCGCUAAAUCGUACCAUGGUCCGAAGUUGGGAAUGUGCGUGAUAGGUUUUGUAGAUGGUUCGAUAAGACUGUUCGAUCGUCGAUGUAAUCCCAACGAUGCAAGAGUAAAGGUGUGGUUGGAGCAUCCUGGAAGUGUCCUAACUGUGCAGCUGAGAGAAAAUAUUGUGAUUAGUGGAAGUACUUCUGGCGAUGUAAGAAUAUUUGAUAUUAGAAAAAGUGACUCGAUACAUACAACUCAAGCGGUUCCCAGUUAUGGAAUGUCAUGUAUGUCGAUUCAUCGUUUUGCUAACACAUAUGCCUGCGGUUCUAUGAACCAAUUCAUCAGUAUCUACACCCUUAAAGGCACGCCCCUCAACACUAUCAGGGUCUACGAGGGAUUUAUGAGCCACAAGAUUGGACCCGUGACCUGCCUCAACUAUCACCCCCACAAAGUAGCUCUAGCAACUGGCACCUCUGACUGUUGCGUCAAUGUUUAUAGCCUUGAAGGCAGAAGGUGACGAGAUUCUCAGCCCUAGGCCUUGUUAUGGGGCCUUCUGGGCCAUUAUUAAAUAUUAGGCCGAAUUUUUUUAAGUUCUGCGCGUUUCUUUAGGAGAUUGUUAGCUACCGGUCGUUUUUUGUGAUGGAUUAAAAGCAGGUUAUUGGUAAAAGUGCUUGAAAUAGACAGGGUAUUAGCUAGAGAUUAUGUGUAUCGGGAUGGAUCACAAAAUGUGCUUAUAUUUUCAGUUCAGUUAUAUCAACUAAUAUAGAUGCGUAUGCGUCUAUAUUCAUUGGUUAUAUGCUCUGAAAACGAAUCGCCCAAUCAGAAUCUACAUAUUGGGUGAUUGAUACAUUUUUGUAAAUGAUUUUAUUAAAAGAAUUUUUUAUUUGUUGAUUUUAACACGUUUGUUGAAUUUAUUUAAACAUAAGUUUAAAAUUUUAAUCAAUUUUAAACUUUAAUGUAAUUUUGAUUAUGAAACUUGUAAUUGGAAGUUACAAGCGGUUGUUCUGGAAAAUGAUAUAGAUUAAGAUGUAUUAGAAAAUACUCUUUGAAAAACAUUUUUACAAUAGUUCGCUACUAAUAGCAUUACUAUACAAGCUCUCGGACUCUAGAAAAGUAGAGCCAAAAAACGACAAAAGCCAAUAAUAUAUGUAAGAUCUAAGCUUGAUAGCAGAGUUAUGAGCCUAUAUUAAAGGGAUUAUAUUCGAAUGUAGCUUAUUUGUGUGGCUUCUUAAAAAUUUGGGUAAUAACUACUGGUCGCAAAGACGAAAUGUCAGUUUUUUCUAGAUAUGGAUAAUUAUAGUCAUGGGAAAUGUAAUUGUACAAGAGAAAAUCAAAUAGACCACAUCGCCAUAUCAAAAAGAUGGAGAUCAUCUCUUCUUGAUGUACGAAAUAAAAGAGGAGCAGACAUCGCAAGUGACCCCCAUCUGUUAAUUGGUACCAUUAAAAUCAAGAUGGCAAAAAACAAAAUCACAAGAAACACCAACAGACCCACAUAUAAUCUAAACAAAUUAAAAACGCUCCCAGGAAAACACAAGAGAACGUGAAGUAAAUGGCUGGGAAGAUUGGGCAAAUAUUCUGACAGAAAUAGCUGAAGACAAACUGGGUAAAAAAGAGAAAGAUAGACAGGAAUGGAUAUCAGAUGAAACUUGGAAUCUUAUCGAGGAAAGAAAACAACGAAAAAAAGAUAUCGUGCAAGCAAGAACUGUAGAAGGAAGGACGAACCGACCAGAAUAUGAAACACUAAAUAAAGCAGUUAAAAGGAUUGCAAGAAGAGACAAAAGAAGGUGGGCUGAAGAACUGGCAAAACAAGCAGAAACAGCUGCACAACACAACAGGACUAGAGAGCUGUACCAAAUUACUAGACGAUUAACAAAAAAUGCGCCCAACUGUUCGAACAUUGUAAGAUCCAAGACAGGUAAAUUACUUACUACAACGGAUGAUCAAGUAGAGAGAUGGAAAGAGCACUUUCAGGAGAUGCUAGGCACGCCCAGGGAUAACGCAGAUGAAAUUGUUGAACUUGCAUAAAUCUUGCGAGUCCCCUUCCAAAACGGAGAUAAUAACAGCUAUCAAAUCUCUGAGAAAUAACAGGUCCCCGGGAAUCGAUAACAUUGCUGCCGAACUACUUAAAACUGACCCGCAUCUAACCGCUGAACUUUUGCUCCCCAUAAUCCGAGAGGCGUGGGAAACAAACCGCAUUCCAGCGGGCUGGACAAAAGGUAACAUUAUUAAGCUUCCAAAAAAGGGCAACCUCACACUGUGCAAAAAUUGGAGAGGAAUAACCUUGCUUACCGUCAUAAAUAAAAUUUUUACGACCAUCAUACAUAAAAGAUUAACAAACAAGGUUGAAUUUCGAGAAAAUCAAGCAGGUUUUAGACCAGAAUCUUCCUGCAUAGCUCACAUUAAUACUGUGAGGGUAAUAAUGGAACACACCUCUAUACAUGGUUUUUGUUGAUUUCGAACGUGUCUUUGACAGCCUAUCUCAUGCUGCUAUAUGGAAAAUUUUAAAGCUAAGAAACAUUCCUCAUAAAAUAAUUUCCAUCAUAAAGUCACUGUACACUGAGGCGACCUGCAGCGUGACACACAAUGAGAUCAACAGUGAAGAAUUUGACGUACUUACUGGAGUCAGACAGGGAUGUGUGCUUUCUCCGUUUCUGUUUAACAUAGCUCUAGACUAUGUUCUCUCCAAACUUGACUUCGACACAAAAGGGAUACAAUGGACGUUAACCACACGCCUAAGUGAUCUAAGAUACGCCGACGAGAUCUGCCUGUUAGGACAAAGGUUCCAGGAUGUGGCCGACCAAUUGGAAACACUAUCCACUGAGGGCAAUAAAAUAGGUUUAAAAAUCAAUAUUAGUAAAACCAAAUCCGUGAGAAUAAACGCAAGGAACAACACGCUAUUUAAUAUCGACAACAUGCAAAUUGAAAAUGUGGAAAACUUCACGUACCUUGGAAGUGUCAUAACAGAAAGCAGAGGUACAGAAAACGAUAUUCGUAUGAGGAUACGAAAAGCUCAACAAGCAUUCAGCAUGCUUAACCCUGUUUGGAGGUCUGGGGAAUAUACUACAAGGACAAAGAUCCGAAUAUUCCAGUCAAAUGUUAUGUCUGUUCUACUCUAUGGAUGUGAAACCUGAAAAGUGACAAAAUCCCUUACAGACAAAUUGCAGGUCUUUGUUAACAAAUGUCUACGAAGAAUUGUCCGUAUUUUCUGGCCAAACACCAUCAGAAACGAAGAUCUGCUACACCUGACCCAACAAAAGAGGGUAGAAAAUGAAAUAAAAUCCAGAAAGUGGGGGUGGAUAGGUCACACACUCCGAAAAGAUAGUUCCAGUAUUGCAAAAACUGCCCUAGAGUGGAAUCCCCAAGAAAAAAGAGGUCGCCCUGCACAAACUUGGAGAAGAUCCAUCAUGGAGAGAUAAGAAGUCAAGGAAAGCCUUGGAAUGAGGUGAAGGCCCUAGCACAAAAUAGAACCCGAUGCCGCGUUUUCACUGAAGCUCUGUGCUCCACUUAGGAGUUCAAGAACAUUAUUAUAUUAUUAUUAAAUGUUGUAAUUCGUCAUAAAUAUGUUACUGGCAAACAACACCGUGUGAUCGGCAUAUCUUACGUUGUUCUAUAGCAUAUUAUGCAAAAAUACAAAGAUUGCGCUGGCUAGGUCACUUAAUAAGAAUGGAUAGUGACAGAACGCUUAACGGAACUAUGGUGGGAUGUAGACCAGUAGGAAGACCAAGGAAGAAGUUGAUAGAGGAAGUGAGAACCGAUACUAAAGAGAUAUUGAGGGUGGAUAACUGGAAGAGAGCAGCCAGGGACAAAGAUACUUGAAGGCGGAUGCUGGGGGGGGGGACUUGGGCUGUAGCGCCUCAGGAGAGAGAGAAUCAACAUUUGAAAAAAACUGAAAACAAACAUAACAUUAAAAUACAAAAUUAUUUCCAUGCCCAAGAUAUCACAGAUAAACAAUAAUUGAACUGUAUUGAAAAUAAAAUUAGAAUUUUAAAAGCAAUACACACGCUAGUAAUGCAUAUCAAAGAGUAAUUACAACAGAGAUUGGAAAACAAUGCGUAAGAACUUAUUGGAUCUAGUGAACAUUAAGUAGCGAGAACAGCAAUAUAGUCAAAAGACGCCUUCUUCCACCUCUUUAAAAGCAAUUCUGCUUGUUCAUUGGCGGAUUGAUUGCUCUAGGGAAGGUUGUCACUACAUCUUUUGCGCGGUCGGCCGAUGCUUCUUCUACCGAUUGGUGAUUUAUUUCUUGUCAUUUUAACCACACGAGUCUCCACCAUUCUGCUUAUGUGGUCCUUCCAUAUUUUUUAUUUAGUGUCCAUUCGUUUAUACCAGAGGUCACCAAACUAUUUUUUCUUGUAGACCACUUUAAAAAAUUUACUGGUUUCGGUGGACUCCCGAAACCAGUAUCUUCUUCUAUUAAAAAUAAUGUUUUAAUAGAAGGGACUCAAAAAAUGUGAUUAGUAGGCAUUAUAACAAGUGCUUUUUUAAUUUAAAAUAGUUUUGAUCAAAUUUUAGUGUAAAAACGUUAAAAUACUGUUUUUUUAUGUCCCUCCAUUCCCAAAAAUACAUGUUCUAUUUGGCUGAAAAUUUGCCCACAGAUAGCCUAAACACACGACUUUAAGCGGUUAAAAGAAUUUGUAUAGUUUUACAAUACAAGAAAAGUUACAUGCAAUAAUAUCAGAGUCAAAAUUAUAUAGUCCAGUCGAGUUAGCCUUUGAUCUUGCAUGCCGAGCUACCCAAGCAAGAUACUAUUUUUCUAAUCUUUAAUGGGUCAAUAGUAGUGGAAAUUUAAAAUCGCGAAUGAAUUUCGCCGUUACGUUAGCCGCCAUCUUGAUUUUAAAGGACAACCGUUUUUGCUCGAUAUCUCCGCCAUUUUUAACUUUUAGACAAAAAGUGUAAGGACUGAAAUUGUUGAAAAUUAUGAUUUCAUAUAUUUUCUUUUAUUAUAAAUUUUUUUGUGCCGUCGAUAUAUUCCGAGUUAUGGGGGAAAUAGUGACAGUUAGAGCAUAAUUAUUAAAUUAUCAGUAGUAAUUGCACAAGAGCUCUGAAAUUAUUGAAUUUUUCCCGAGUGACACUCUGACAGUUUUAAUUUCACGAGCCGAAGGCGAGUGAAAUUAUGUCGAAAGUGUCACGAGAGCAAAAAUUCUAUAUUAAUUUCAGAGGUCGAGUGCAAUUGGUUGCGAUUAUUUCAUGAAUAAAACUGUUCAAAACCAAAAUUUUAUUGUAAUUUAUUUAUGUAAGUACCAUUAAACACACAGUUUUUAUAAAUAUUUGACGAUUGAAAGUCAUCACUUUUAUAAUUUUUAAAACAUUAAUUGUCAUUAAUGUCACUGAAUGUAUUUUUUCGUAGCAACGAAGGGCAUCUGACGUAAUAUACUUAACGACGGGAGAUUAUCAAAAAUUAUCGAUUUAAUUCAGAUUUCUGUAGCUUUCUAUUGGUCAGAAUCUCCUAUGAAUGAAAUAAUCUCGUUUAUUAUUAGUUUUAGAACAAAAAUGUAUCUAUACAAAAAUGGAGAGAAUUAAAUUUUAUACAAUUUUGAUCUCUUUCAUUUUUUUGCUAAAAUCAAUAUUUCCGGUUGUACGUAUGCGGUAAAGGCGCGAGCGUAAGACCUGAUUGGUUUGAUAGCAAUGGUUUUUGUUCAAUAUCUCCGCCAUUUUCAACUUUCCGUAAAAUGGUAGGAACUGAAAUUGUUCCAAAUAAAUCGUGUUUACAAUAAUUAUUACAAUUUUUUUAACCAUUUUUUUCGUACGGUCGCCUAUAUUUUUGACUUUGAUAUUAUUCCACGUAUUUUUCUGUAUUGCAAAACUAUACAAAUUCUUUUAACCACUUAAAGUCCUGUGUUUUGGCUAUCAGUGGGCAAAUUUUCAGUCAAAUCGAAGGACAUGUAUUUUGGGAAUGGAGGAAAAUGUAAAAAAUGGUAUUUUAACGUUUUCUACACUAAAAUUUGAUCAAAAACUUGUUUUUAAUCAAAAUAACUUGUUAUAAUGCGUUAUAAUGACAUUUUUGAGUCCCUACUAUUAAAACAUUAUUUUUUACAUUGAUAUUUUACGAUAAAAAAUGCAAGUUUGUUUAAAUAAAUACCAAAUCACUACAAAAUUUUCGUGGACCCCCACUUACAACUUGUGAACCCCCAUUUUUAUUUCACGCCAACUUAAACCCCCGUUGAGUCCCUCGUGGACCCCUGGGGGUCCAUCUGGACCAGUUAGGGAAUCACUGGUUUAUACUCUGUACGUUACAUUUUCUUCUAAUGUCUUCACGCCUCUUUCGAUCUCUCAGAAUAUUUCCUGUAAUGCUUCUCAGUACUCUCAUUUCUGCCGUUUCCAGUAGUCUUUGUGUUGUGGCUGUGCCGGGCCUUGUUUCUGAUGCAGAUGUCAUUAUUGGUCUUACACUGGCUUUAUAAAUUCUUGACUUUAUCUCAGUAUUAAUAUGUCGGUUUCUCCAUAAUAUAGUGGUAUGAAGGCAUCCUGCCAGUCUCUGCUUUUUGUACUUGAUUUCUAAUUUGUUUGUCCAGGUCUCUGUAGCUGGACAGUGUAAUUCCAAGGUUAAAAAGACACAAACAAAUAACAAAGCCAUAAGAAAUUACCAAAAAAAUUGAAUAUUUCUUUAAAAAAUGCUCACUAAUCCGUUAAACUAGAAGCCAUGCUUAAGCAAUAUGCUUUAAGUGUGGGAUGAUAAUGAAUAUUAAUUUAUUCUUAAAACAGCACUAUACUGUAUAUUAUAUUCAACUUCAAGACUAGAUGAAGAAAAACACGUGAUUUAAACGUAUUAUUCUUUUGACGACAUCUAUCUUGGAAUCGAAAUUAGGAAAAAUUGAAUUUGGUAAUCACUAUACCUUCAGUUUUUCUCUAAACAUUUUGAUGAUCCACCGUUAAACAACACUUAUACUGCCAAUACAUACAUUUAUAUUUGAUAUGUUUUCUAACACACACUUUAUAAAUUAAUUUGGUAUUUUGUUGUUCCAUCCAAUACAAAAAUUAAUAAGUGCUUGACUCUGUAGUUACGAAAUGGCAUAUGAAUGACCAGUGCUCAAAAUUAUUGAGACUAAUAUUUAUUGAACAACAUGAUAACUUUCGUUUUGUUUGAAGUAAUAACACCUAAGGAUAAUUUUUUGUUGAUAUUUUUGAUAUGGCUAAGUCUUGAAGUAUCAGCUGCCCUGAUCGUUUUAUCCAUCAACUGAGGUGCUAUGGUUGAUAUUAUAUAUAGCCAUAGCACCAACAUGUUAUCAACCAAGAGAACAGGCAGGAUUCCGAAAAAAUUACGGAACAAAUGACCAUCUACAAAGUAUAAAAACCCUGAUAGAGAAAGUAGUGGAAUACAAUAAACCCCUAGUUCUACUUUUUAUCGAUUUUCAUAAAGCCUUUGACACAGUUGAACUUAGCAAAAUAUUACAGGCGCUUAAAGAAUGCAGGCUAGAUUAUAGGUAUACAAAAUUAUUACACAAAAUAUACUUACAGGCAACAACCACUGUCAAAUUACAUACUAACAGUAAUCGCAUAAAAAUAGAACGGGGGGGUUAGACAAGGAGACCCAAUGUCACCUAAACUUUUUAAUACGGUCUUAGAACAUGCUUUCAAGAGUUUGGAUUGGAUGACAAAGGGAAUAAAAAUAGAUGGAGAAUACCUAAACAACUUACGUUUCGCCGAUGAUAUAGUCAUAGUAGCUGAGGAUCUAGGUAUGGCAAGAGAGAUGGUACAAGAACUCGUUGUAGCUACAGAAAAUGUAGGUUUAAAUAUAAACAUCUCGAAAACAAAAAUAAUGACAAAUUUGGUACCCAACCAGAACAUCAGUAUUGGUGGGAAGGAAAUAGAACUCGUAGAUAGAUAUAAAUACCUGGGACAUGAAAUUACGAUUGGCAGGGAUAACCAGACUCAUGAGCUGAAGAGAAGAAUCGGUCUUGGGUGGGCAGCAUUUGGAAAACUGAGAGAAACUUUUAAAAGUGAGUUACCCACAUGUCUAAAGAGAAAGGUAUUCGAUCAGUGCGUCCUCCCAGUCUUGACGUACGGAUCAGAAACACUUAACUUAACUAAAGCCUCGGCUACCAAACUAAGAGUCACGCAGAGAAGAAUGGAGCGGUCAAUGUUAGGAAUAACUGCGAGACAAAAUCAGAAACGAAGAAAUCAGGAGAAGAACAAAGGUGACUGACGUCAUCGAGAGGAUAGCCAGGUUGAAGUGGAGAUGGGCAGGACACGUAGCCAGAAUGACAGAUGGGCGAUGGACGAAGAGGUUAUUGGAAUGGAGGCCAAGAGAAGACAAGAGAAGCGUCGGUCGACCGCCUACAAGAUGGACUGACGACUUAAGAAAGGUAAAUAAAAACUGGAUGAGGGCGGCGCAGGAUAGAUGGGGUUGGAAACGAGGGGAGGAGGCCUAUGUUCAGCAGUGGACUUUUGAGGCUGGAUGAUGAGGUGCUAUAUAAUCGUUUUAUCCAUCAAGUGAGGUGCUAUAUAAUACACGUGUUAUGUGCUUUACUUAAAUAGCAAACGCCAUUAUAAUGAAGUUUUUUCGCACACUUUUUAAAAGGGCUCGUUUCGUAUUAUUUUAGUAAAUCAUAGCUGGCGCAAGUCGGAAUAGUCGAAAACAUAAAAACAGAGUAACUAACACUUCGCUGAUGCGCUAUUGAAUGGAUUCUAGGUCAAUUGCUCGAAUGCAAUUGCUCGAAAUCAAUUGCUCGAAAACGAAUUGCUCGACAUGAAAAUUGCUCGAAUAAAGUAGAAAAUUAGAGUUUAUAUUUAUCCAAGUAUUUAUUCAAAAUAAUGCAAAAUAUACACCUAAUUGUGCAUAAGAAAGAUACUUUUAAUAUGACAAAUUAUGUAUUCUUUUUCUCAUAGACAUCUUUCAGUGCGUCACACUUUUUCGAUUUCCUUCUAACGCAUUAAAUUGUAUGUGACAGAAAAAAGGCACGUCGGUGAUUACAGACAUUUAUAACUUAUUCUAGUUGUCGAUAGAUGACGCUAUAAUCGAAAAAAAAAAUUAUUUACGAAUUAUAUAAUAUAUCUACGAAUAUAAUCUGUACAAUUUAUGACUAUACAAAUCAAAGAAAAUACCAUUUUAAUUAUGCAAUAAACACAAUUGAUUUGUUUUUAUGCCAAAUUGCAAAUAAAAUGUGACAACUGUCUGAUUUAAAUAAAAUGUCAUGUUAGAAUAAAUGUGUAUUAUCACCAAUGAACUGCCAACACGGAUGGAAUGGCCCCGUCCCAUUCAAACAGUAAGGCCAGAUCAAAGAUAUUGUACACAUAGAUUUGGCCAGCUCCGAAAAAUAGCGUAACGUGGAGCAGUACGGGUCGGUGGUCUAUCUAUCUCUCUACCGGCGAUAAGCUGUCUCUCUAGCAUAUGAUGGCCGCCGAUUCUGUGCCUGUAUCGUUCCGUUACUCCCACCUCUUGGUAGAUACGCUCACACUCGUACGACAGACAAAGAUAGCUAGACCACCGUACUUGAUAUUGACGUUACACCCCGAUGCAUUAAGUGGCAUAUCCCUAGCCAAGUCUAUCCUUUUACAUGUCUCUGGGCCAGAUUGCGGCCAACAUGCAAGUGAGAGGUCCUAGAGAGAGACAGAGCUUGCCAGGGAAAAUUUGCUAUAACAUACCACCAGAGUUGCGAGAUGUGAUUUUAUAAAUCCCCCACUUAAAUUCCGUCAAAUUGAACCUCAAACCCCUUAAAUUUAAAUUUUUGCUGCAUUUUAAUAAAUUAGUAGUCAAAUGUAGAGAACAGUAAACCAAAAUUAUACUACUUAUCAACAGAAGGCCCUGGAAAUAAUUCAUAGGUCCUAUCCUCUUCGAUUAUAUAAGAGUAUAAUAUACAGUUCUAUGUAUAUACGCAAAUUUAAUUUACCAUGACCCCUUAAAAUCUCUCAUAAUUGUCUCCCACAACAAUUUCUGCUUAGAAAAAUUCCUCUAGACUCUUUCAAAUUACUCCAAAAUCAUAGGAAAAUACCACAAGCUGGCAACCCUGACUUCCACUAUCAAUUUUUUUGUUUACGAAAGAUGGCGAUUAUCUUCUAUCCUUCCCUGACUAGACUCUCUCAUUCUGGCCGCAUUAAAUUCACUUCAUGCCCAUUCCAUCCGUGUUGACAGUUCAUUGAUUAUCACGGACUUACCUUUUUUUCUAUUAUUUGUGACGCACUAAAAAGUGCUCAUGAAAAGGACCAUAAUAUUCCAUGUACAUAAUCACAUAAAUAUUAUUUUUUGUUCAUAAUUGUUUAUUAAACGCAUUAACCUAUCAGUACCUACUUAUUUGCAUUUUGAAAUCCGCGAUGCCCAUCUUCGAUAAAAUUAAGGUAAUGAUUCCUUCCCUCUAAUACCUGGAAAUUAGCAUAAUCCCUAUAUCAUAAUGAGACUAAAUCAAAAUCGUUAUUUUUCUUUCUAUUUUAAAGUUCAAAAAUAUUUUAUAUUUAUAAUAAAUAUUUUUUCAGCAUAAAUUAAUAAUACGAUUAUAUACGUAGAAUAUCACAUAAUUUGUCCUAUGGAAAAUAUCUUUCUUAUGUCUAUAUUUUGUAUUAUGAAUAAAUAUUUAAAUAUAUAUAAAAAAAAUUUUUUAUUCGAGCAAUUUUCAUGUCGAGCAAUUCGUUUUCGAGCAACUGAUUUCGAGCAAUUGACCGGUUAACAUUGAAUGAAUGCCCACCAAGACCGGUUUUAUGCACGCGUUUUUCGUCGCAUAUCGAUUGGCAACAAAAAGCUUAGCGUUUUUGACGCGUGUCGCAUCAGAUGAAAUAUGUUUAAUAGAUCAGUGGUUGUAGUACUGUGCAACAAGGCAGUGUGUAUUGAUAUAAAGUGGAUCCGUGUGUUAUAUACUUAUAUAAUAAUACAUAUUAAUAUAAUAUAUAAUAAUAUAUUAAAAAGAGCGGAGACGUCGCGUUGGAGUGUUCAUCCAAUAAAUAGUGCAAGACUCCUCAGAGGCUCGUAUUAUACACUAUUUCGUUGAUAAACAUCGACGUUCCGUGGCAACAACAUAUAUCUUCACACAUCGGUAUACGUCUACAGACUAGCAAAAUAAAUUCCUAUCGAACAAUCGGCAACAAUAAACGACUACUGUCAAAUACACAAUUUAAUAGUCACAAAUACUUUCUAUGAACACACAGAUAUACAUAAGUUUACUAGGAAAGAACCUAGCAGAGGUGAAAAAUCCACAAUAGACUAUUAGUCCAUGUGGUGAGACCGAUCCCGCCUGAAAAACAUUUCUAAUUCGGUUUCUCUGCGGAUUCAUAUUAAAAAAUGUCCCCUUUAAAUAAAUCUGAAGGGUGCCGGACGGAAUUUUUGGGCAGAAAUUGUUUAAACAAUUUUUUUAAACAAAUACAUAAGAUCACGUUUUUUUUGCUCUGGAGCAUAUAUUUUUAGGUUUUUUGGGUACUAAACAAAAAAGGUAUCUUGCGAUUUUUCUCAAAAAUUGACAGUUUUCGAGUUAUAGGCGAUUUAAAAUCUAAAAAAUGCGAAAAUAAGCAUUUUCGAGGCUUAAAAACUCAUAUCUAAAUUAGUAUUUUUAAGGGUGCCAAUAACUUGGAUUAAAGUUUAAACAUUCCUUUUCAAGAUUCCGAAGAGUGAUCGGGUCUAACUUCAAUUUAGACCGUAGUUUUUUAGUUGUUAAUUAUGCGUGUCCAUCCGGUUUUUUGCCGGUGCGGCGCGCACUAUUUUCCUCCGAAAAAUAUUUUUUCUAGAUUCUUUGGGACACUUUAAAUAAAAUAAGUUUCUUGACAUUUUGCUCAAAAGUUACUAGUUUUAAAGUUAUAAGCGAUUUAAAAUGCGAAAAUGUGUUUUUUUGUCAUUUUUCGGAUUUUAAAUCGCUUAUAACUUUAAAACCAUUAACUUUUGACAAAAAUGUCAAGAAACUUAUUUUAUUUAGAAUAUCCCAAAGAAUAUAGAAAAAAUAUUUUUCGGGGGAAAAUAGGAGAUUUUUGAAAAUACUGCGCGCCGCACCGGCAAAAAAACCGAAUGGACACGCAUAAUUAACAAUUAAAAAACUACGGUCUAAAUUGAAGUUAGACCCGAUCACUCUUCGGAAUCCUGAAAAGGAAUGUUUAAACUUUAAUCCAAGUUAUUGGCACCCUUAAAAAUACUAAUCUAAAUAUGAGUUUUUAAGCCUCGAAAAUGCGUGUUUUCGCAUUUUUUUAUUUUAAAUCGCCUAUAACUCGAAAACUGUCAAUUUUUGAGAAAAAUCACAAGAUACGUUUCUUGUUUAGAAUGACCCAAAAAAAAAAUAAAAAUAUAUUUUUUGGGACAAUAAAAGGUGAUCUUAUGUAUUUGUUUAAAAAAAUUGUUUAGACAAUUUCUGCCCAAAAAUUCCGUCCGGCACCCUUCAGAUUUGUUUAAAGGGGACAUUUUUGAAUAUGAAUCCGCAGAGAAACCAAAUUAGAAAUGUUUUUCAGACGGGAGCGGUCUCUCCACAUGGACUAUAUGUACUGAUAGAAAAAGAAAAUAGAAGGAAAAUCACUAAUGUAAGAGUAAGACGUGGUCCAGAGAUAGGCAGUGAUCACUAUUUACUCGUGGCAACAAUAAGAGACGAAGUAACAGAGGAUCACAACCAAAGAGCAAUAACAAAAGAAUUUAGAACACUAAAAUCAUACAGAUUAAGACACAAAACCUUAGCCAAUAAAUAUGUAAAUGUUUUGAACGAAGCAUUAGGAAGCAAAAAUUGGGAAAACCUACAAGUGGACCAGAUGUGGCAAACAUUCAAAAACACAAUAAUAAAAACGGCAGAGAGAGUUUGUGGAAUACACAAAAGCAACAGUAAACAGAAACUAACAGCAUGGUGGACAGAGGAAAUCAGGAGAGACACACGCAAGAAAGAGGAGAUGUGGAGAAAAUAUCUAGGUAACCGAACAGAAGAAAAUUAUAAACAAUAUAGAGAGCAGCGGAAAAGAGUUAAAAAUAUAAUAGUAGCAGCAAAACAAAAGUUCUGGAAAGAUUUUGGAGACAAAUUAGAACAUGACAGCAGAAACAAUCAGAAAUUAUUUUAUAAGGUCAUAAAAUGAAUAAGAGGUAAUAAACACAAAAAGAAGUAACAUCAAUAAAAGAUCAGGGUGGAGAUCUACUGACUGAUGAAGUGAGCAUUAUGAGAAGAUGGAAAGAGUAUUUCCAGAAACUACUACAACACGAACCACACAGCACAAGUGAAGAAGAUGAAGAAAGAAUGGGCGAGUGGAUGAAUUAACUGACGCGAUUAGGAAAUUAAAAAAUGGAAGCACCCGGUCAUGAUAAAAUUACGGCGGAAAUGAUAAAAACAUAGGUGAUAUGGGAUUACAAAAGUCAUUAGAACUAUUUCAUAUGAUUUGGAGAGACGAACAAAUACCCACAGACUAGGAAAUUGGUCUGAUUGUACCUAUACAUAAGAAGGGUGCCAACAAGAAUUGCAGCAACUAUAGAGGAAUAACUCUAUUAAGUACAGUGAUGAAAGUUUAUGAGCUAAUAGUAGAGAGGAGACUGAGAAAAAUAAGAGAACAAACUUUAGAAGAAUCGCAAAGUGGUUUUAGACCUGGUAGAUGCACACAAGAUCACAUUUUUACGUUAAACGAUAUAAUAAAUAAAAGAUUAUCUAGGAAGAAAAAAACGUACCUCAGUUUCCGUGACAUGGAAAAAGUAUUCGAUAAAGUACCUAGAUUAAAAUUAUGGAAAAGUCUGAAAAACAUAAAAAUACCAGAGAAACUUAUACGGGUAACUAAAUCAAUACAGAGAUACUAAAAACCGUGUGAUAAGUAAAAAUAUGAUAUCUGACCAGUUCAAAACAACUGAAGGUGUAAGACAAGGGGGAAGCUUGAGCCCAUUACUGUUUAUUACGUUUAUCGACGAAAUAUUAAAAGAAACAUAAACAAAAGUCAGACCACUUCACACAGGGUAUAGAAAUUUAAAAAGCACUGAGAUCAGCAACAAUAAACGCGUUGCAUAAAAGCACCAAUUUAAUUCAAUAGACUUUAAAAACAUCUGUCGCCAAGCGUUCUUUAAUUCCAGCGACAGAGUUUGAGAAAGCUGCGUCACUGACAUCGAGCGUCUCACUGACAUUGAUGCAUGAAGACAAUUACUUUAGAGAACGUUUUUCUUUUUUUGUAGCCAAGCGACAGGCGACGGAAAAUGCUUUCAUUAAAGCGGCCUAACACUUCGCUGAUACGCUACUGAAUGAAAUCCCAAUUUCCGAUAAUUUUAACGUUAGAAAGAGUGCGGUGACUAAAUGCGAAAAUACGUCAUUCGCGCAACUGGUUCAUCAUAAUUGGCAUUUGCUGUAUGUUCUACAAAGUCUCAUGCAUAGUUCCCGUCAAGAUAUUUCAGAAAACCUUAAUCUUAAUCUUAUUACAAAGUUAUUUGUAUUUGAAUGGUGUGUUUGUUUCUGGUACAGGUAGAAAGUAAUCUAUUGUUAAUUUAUUGAACAUUAUACCAGCUAUUCAGUGUGUUUACCUCUCGAAAUUUAACGAUACUACUCAAAUACAAAUGACCUUCUAAUAGGAUUAAGAUACGGUUUUAUCACAUAAUUUGUUGGCCAGUAUAACUAAGGAAUUUAAGGUUCCACAUUCUACUACAUAUUUAAUUAUUUUGAGCACUUUAUUUCCUUAUAAUUGUUGCAAGAGUAAAAAUAUGCCUUGUACUGAGUUGAGAAUUGUAAAGAAGAAAUUCAUGUAGAUUGUAUACCAAUUAGUUUUAAAUUGUCCAUGAUUAAUUAAUAUUUUAGUUAAUGUCUACAUAGGAGACAACAUUCAAUUCGUUUUAAUACUAUUUUGUGAAUAAUUAAUGUCAUAUCUUUGUGAUAAACCUAAACAGAAUGAUACAGGGUGGGUUGUUUUAAUUAGAAUAUGUUGAUGGACUGUUUUAAUUAAUUAUGUAAAUGAUAUUAAUUAUGUUAAGGAACCUAAUGUAAAUGUUUUGCUGCGAGGUUUCUAUCACAUUUAUUCUCAAGGAUAAUUAACAGAAACAGCAUUAAUAAUUAGUUUACGUAUAUUUUUAAUACUAAUGUUCAUCCAAACUCUUUCAAAAUAGUGAAAAUGCCUUUCAGUCUUAGUGCAGUAUUCUUAAUAAGAUCUUUCCUCCUCCUCUCUCACAGCUUGGUUUAAAUUUGGGAUGCACACGUUCACUUUUGUCUUUGAAUAUGACUCCUGGGUCUCUAAGAAUGUUUUAUUCACUUUUACCAUUAUACAAACAAAGAACCCCGCACAAACCUUAGGGAAAAUAGGUCCCAGUGGAUUUCGUUCAUACUUUGGGAAAAUACCCUUUGAAGCAUCCUGAUAAAAAGUUCUCAUGGGCACAAGUCAAUCGUAUGAAGGAUUUUCAAGAUAUAGAGGCCCAAACUCGGAAAAUUAUAAGAUUUACGGGGUAUUCCAAUUCCGUGAGUUACUGGUUAUUUGGCAACAUGUAGAAGUUUGGAUCAAGGAAAAGUACUAGUAGUCUAGGAUUUUUUCCUGGCUAUCCAGUGGCGACCUUUACUUUGACCUUGACCUUCAACGGACGUCAUCUUCUAGAGUUUCGAGGGUUUUAGGCAUUAAAUUGAUAUAAACAGAUUACUCAUGGGUUUUUGGGAUAGCAAAACACGAAUAUGCCAUCAGAAUUGACCUCCGGAUGACGUGGUGGCCAGGGCCACUGCAAGGGACGUCAUCUUCUAGAGUUUCGAUGGUUUUCGGCAUUUAAUUGAUGCAAAUGAAUUACUGGAGGGUUUUUUGGGGUCGCUAAACACGAAUAUGCCACCAGAACCGACUCCCGGAGCACCUGGAUUCCAAGGUCAAUGAAAGGGGCUCCUGGAGUUUCGAGGGUCUUUGAUACUAAAUUAAUGUAAACGGAUUAGUUAUAGGUUUUUGGAGUUGCUAUAAACCCAUACACACCGAUACUCACAUGCACAUUCACAACAUGGAAUCAAAUACCUGUUAAUACGUCCACGUGGUUGAUGCCGGGUAAUGCUAAACCCAGGUUUUAUAUCUGAUGGGUCAACAACAUCUAUAUUCAUCAAAACAAUAACGAAUAAAGAUAUUGACACAAACUUGCAGAUGUUAUUUUGAUACCAACCCCUUUAACCUGUCCUUUGUACGUCCUUUAUACCGUUUUCAAAGUCAAAAAUAUUAAUAAAAUAACCAUAUUGUGCUAUUCAAUUGUUUUAAUUAUUUAUAAAAAAUAUAAACUCAAUUUAUAUCUGACAAUGUAUGUCCUUCAUUUAUUUUAAUAUCGAUUUACUACAUUCUAUUUUGAUAGUGGUAUUCAUCGUGGCCACUAGAUACUCCAGAGUCUUUUUUCAUAUUCGUGUUAAGAAACCCCAAAAACACAAGAGUAAUCCGCUUGCAUCAAUUUAGUACCGAAAACUCUCGAACCCCCAAAAGAUGGUGUGCCUUAGGCACCAGGUACCCCGGUGUCUGUUCUGAUGGCGUAUUUGUGUUUAGCAGCCCCAAAAACUAAUGAGUAAUACCCAUCUGCAUCAAUUUAACGCUAAAACCUGUCGAAACUCCAGAAGAAGACCUGCCUUAGGCACCAGGUGCUCCGUAGAUCGGAUAUGAUAUCGAAUUCACGUUCAGCAGCCCCAAAAACCUGUGAGUAAUCAGUUUACAUUAACUUAGUACCGAAAGCUCUCGAAUCUCCAAAGCAUACGUGCCUUUGGCACCAGGUACUCCGAUGUCUGUUCUGAUGGGGUAUUCGUGUUCAGCAACUCCAAAAACCUACGAGUAAUCCGUUUGCAUCAAUGUAGCACUAAAGACCCUCGAAACUCCAGGAGCCCCUUUCAUUUACCUUGGAAACCAGGUGCUCUGGGAGUGGUUCUGGUGGCAUAUUCGUGUUUAGCGACCUCAAAAAACCCUCCAGUAAUUCAUUUGCAUCAAUUAAAUGCCGAAAACCAUCGAAGCUCUAGAAGAUGACGUCCCUUGCAGUGGCCCUGGCCAACACGUCAUCCGGAGGUCAAUUCUGAUGGCAUAUUCGUGUUUUGCGAUCCCAAAAACCCAUGAGUAAUCUGUUUAUAUCAAUUUAAUGCCUAAAAUCCUCGAAACUCUAGAAGAUGACGUCCGUUGAAGGUCAAGGUCAAAGUAAAGGUCGCCAUUGGAUAGCCAGGAAAAAAUUCUAGACUACUAGUACUGUUCCUUGAUCCAAACUUCUACAUGUUGCCAAAUAACCAGUAACUCACGAAAUUGGAAUACCUUGUAAAUCUUAUAAUUUUCCGCGUUUGGGCCUCUAUAUCUUGAAAAUCCUUCCUACGAUUGAGUUGUGCACAUGAGAACUUUUUAUCAGGAUGCUUCAAAGUGUAUUUUCCCAAAGUAUGAACGAAAUCCACUGGGACCUAUUUUCUGACUACACAAUAGUCGCACAGGAAUCGUAGGAAGACAAAGAUAAGAAUCGGUUCAAGAUUUCUAUGUCUAUAAAACUUUUCCUCCUAUUUACAUUCUUUGUGUUUACAAUUAGAGUUGAAAUUACCAAAGGUCAUUGUUAUCAAUGGAUACUUUUCAGUCGAUAUUUGUAAUGAACUAUAUUCCUGAUCAAAUUUAUAGUAGCAAAAUACAGCAGAGUUAAGUAAUUCUUCUUCUCAUAGCACUACAACCCAGAGUGGGUCUUGGCUGACUGCACAACUCGCUUCCAUCUCGAACGGUCCUCCAUGAUAGUUGGGUCAGUGGGUAGCCCCAUUGUUCUUAGAUCUGACCAUAUAUUUUCUCUCUAUAGGCGUCCUAAGGAUCUUCUUCAUGUUGGAGUUUCUUCCCAGAUUAAUUUGUUAAUUAAGGCGUUUGUUAAUUAAUUAAUUAAGGCGGUUAUUAGGGAGUCUAUGGAUAUGGUGAGCCCGUCUCAGGCGUUGAGAUUUUUAGUUUCUUACACGACUUCGCUAGCAUUAUAAAAAAACAUCCCUUUCCAUUGGCUUUUGUUAGCGUCCAGGUCGCACCGGUCUAAUUACUGUUUUAUAUACCCUAAUAACACCAAACAUUCCAUGUAUGUUCCUAGAAUGUACACACAGGACAUUGAAAACAUUCCUGGAAUGUCCUCAAAAGCACAAGAACGUCCCCUUAAUGUCGCAGGAAAGUCCUGUGUCAGCAUUUUAAAUAUUCCUUGAAUGUCUUGUUGGAACAUUCCAUGAAUGUCUACGAAUAUUCUUUGGACAUUCACAGUAUAUUUUUUAGACAUUCCUUGGAUAUAGUCGCUGAUGUGACAUAAUACCUCCGAUUUGUUUUCAUAUGAUAUUUUUUGCCAUGUUUUGUAGUAAAUUCAACUAUCUAUUUAAUUUUUAUUUUAAUUCAUUAAUCGGCUGAGAGCCAAUCAUGCUCUUACGCCAUCUUACAUCCAUAGAAUCGGCUUGUCAGAUACUCCUAAUUGUACUUGUGGCAAAAUCGGAGAUCUAACACAUGUCAUAUUAGAAUCAUUUACAGAUAAAUAGUAUAAACGCCUUUAUAAGGAAUUAAAAGAUUUAAAAUGAUAUUUCCCAAUAAACCUUAAUACUUUAAUAUUUACAAAUGAUAUGGAAAUUCUUCAUCUCAUUUAUAAACAUGUUAAAUUAUGUAAAUACAAGUUGUAAAUGUAAUAUGUACCUACUAACUAGGCAUAAUUUGUUAAUGAGGUUUGAGAAAAUUAAAAAGAAAAAAAUAUAUAUAAAAAAAACACACAGUAAAAAAUAAUAACAAAAAAAAGUAAAAAUAAAUAAAAAAAAGAAAGUAAAAAAAGUGUUUAGCACAAAUUAAAAUAUAUAUUAAAAAAACACAGUAAAAUAAUUAAAAAAACAAAAUAAAAAAAGCAAUACAAUGUACCUAUGUAUCUAAAUCUAUACUUAUGUUAUGAAAUAAGAAAUUUAUGACUAUGAAUCUGCAAUCAAUCACAAACAAGUCUGGCUAAUUGGCUCUGCCAAAACCAUUUUUCAAAAAAAAACUAUCUAUUUACUACAAACCAUGUCAAAAUUUACAUGUAAAAACAGGAGAUGGCCCUAAAAAUGGUUUUUCGUCUCCUACAAAAUUCAUGAAAAAGCAGGUAGGAGGUAUUAUCGCAUCACCGACGAUAUACCAGAAGUAUAUGUGGCCAUAUCAAAUAAUACAUCCUUGAUAAAUAUAAACAUUUUUAUUGCACAAGAUCUUGUCAUAUAUAUUUUUUUCAUAAUCAUCACUACGAUGAUGAUUCAUUGUAGUGAAUUGUACAUUACAAUUACAAUCUGGUCAUAACUGACCAAUGAGCAAUUUUAAUUUAACCUAAAUUACUACUGUUCCUUAAAAUGAAGAGCUUACCCCAUAGCGUCUCUUAUCUAAGCUAACAAGAUCGUGCACUAUUCUAACAUACACAGGCACACAAGCACUAUGCUCUGCUUUCUACUAUCACAUAUCACUCAAAUUAGUUCAAAAGGCUUUGUCCUCUUCAAUCUUCUAGUUUGCCCAGUAGUAUCGAGGAGCUGGAUUUCCUCAAUAUUCUCGUACUUAUGAAGUUGUUGCUCGUGACUUCCUGCCAUCUUCUUGAUGAUUAUAUCCAGGUUUCAUUUCUAGGUCCUUAUGGAGAUCACUGUUUGUCACAUACCAAGGAGCAUGUACAAUAUUUCUCAGUAUUUUGUUCUGGAAUCUUUGUAUAAUUUUUAUAUUAUUUGGUCUAGUACACCCCAUAGUGGGCAUCCAUAAGUCCAUACAGGUCUUAAUAUUUGUUUAUAAAGUAAUAACUUAUUAUGCAUCCACAAUGUGGAGUUUCCUCCAACACUAGCCAAUACACUUUUUAUGUCUUUCUUUUGCCUUUCAUAGCCACAAGGCUAUACGUUUCCUUCCUGGUUUUUUUGUAGACGACUUUCAGCUGAUUCUAAAAAAAAAUAAAAUGAAUGGUAAUUUUUCUAUUCUUUAGAAUUAAAAAUCAAAAGAAAUACAGUCGGAAAAAUGAAAGAAUACCCAUGAACGAACAUAUAAAACACGCUGUAUUUUCCUGUCACCGUGUCACAAAGAAAAUUGCCCAGCGCAGUUACAUGUAAUAGAAAUGAUUACAUGUACUUGCGCUGGCCAAUUUUUUGUGUGACACGGUGACAGGAAAAUACAGCGUGUUUUAUAUGUUCGUUCAUGGGUAUUCUUUCAUUUUUCCUACUGUAGAUGCUAUUUACAGGUAAUAAUAUGCAUAAAUAAUUCGUUUCAUAAAGAAUAAAGAAAAUUGAAAACGGAUUUUAUAAUACUCACAUACUUGUUUAAACAAAAGAGAUCCAGCCAGAGCAAAACUAACAGACAGAACAGCAAAAAAAGCCACUAAUUUCCAUUUUCCAUCCAAUCAGAAAUUUUUAGGUUAUCAUGAAAUGUGAUGACCACGCGACCCUACAUAGAUACAUGCGCGGCAAAUUUGAAAAUGAACGCAAAUUGAAUAGUAAAUGGCCUCUCUUAAAAUAUAGGACAUUGGUAGUACGUUCAUAGAAUGUCUUGUGGUAACAUUCCACCAAUAAUUUUAUCAGAUGUUCACCGAAUGUUCCUCGAAUGUCCAGGACAUUCAAACAUUAAUAGAACUUUGAUAGUACAUUCCUGGAAUGUUUUGUGUUGUUAGGGUAUAUAUACUGAUUUUUUAUGUUCGUGUUAGGCUCUUAGAUUUAAUAGUGUUGUAGAGGCUAUACAUACUUACAUCUCCUUGCUGCUUGAAUUAUCCCUUUUAUCUCUUCCGUGAUAUCAUUAUCUGUUAUGUGGGUCUAUUGUAACAUUUUGUCGUAUUCUAUCUCGCUCUUUUGUCAUAAGUUAAGCAAUUAGGUAAAAAAGGAAAUGAAAAAUAUUUGCAUGAUCAGUUACCUCUUUAAUAAAAGUCCUGCUUAGUCUGCAUAAGGGUCUUUAUUCAUAUGAGAAGGUUUAGAGAAGAGUAACCAUUAAGCCUGAGAUUAACAAAAUGUACAUGGUUGGAAAUUAAAUUAAAGUGAUCAAUUAAAGUGAUCAAAAUUAAGUGUGUUCAAUUUAUCUUCAGCUGUUGCCUCUUGUAUUUUUUUAGACUAAUACUGUAACCCCUCUUGUAAGCACUGACAAUUAAACGAUUUUUAACGUAAUAUGCAAUUAAGUACGAAAAAAUCUGUCACUUCGAGCAUAAAAGUAGAGAAAAUUAUAAAUAUUGAGAAAUACUAAGAUUAACCGCUACCAAAUUCUAUAGAUUACAUAGUGUAUUCAUUAUACACUCGUUAUGAUAUAAUGUUUGUUUUGUUUAUUGUUAUGUUUGCAUUUUUCUGUAAGCUUAGCCUUUAAAACGAUAUUUCUCGAGAUCAUACAAUCACAUCACACGUUUUUCAAUGUUUCACCCUUAAUUGUUAUACUAUCUUCAACAAAACUUUAUAUUCUGGCUCUUCUUCUAUCUUCAACAAAUCAUUCUGGCUCCAUAAAAUGGUCUGGUAUAUUUUCUAUUUUAUUUAACAUUAAAUUAAAAGAAAUGUAAAUUCCAAAUGAGAUAAAAAUUACUUUUAUUUUGUCAAAAAGUUAUAAAAGGGUUCUGAAACUGGUUUCAGAACAUGGAUUCCCAUGUUUACAUGGAAUUAAAUCACAAUUAAUUGUAAUAAGUUUUACAAAUAUUGUUGUUUCGAUUUCUGCUUCGGAAAACAUUUUCAAAAAAAGAUAGUAAAAGUCUUUUAAAACAAUAGAAGGAUUUAAAAAAAUCGAAAAUCGAAACGUCGAUUAACAAAUUAUAAAAUGUAAUUUUCAUUACAAUCAAUUUCAAUUUCAACAUUAUAUGUAUUUAAAAAAGUUAUAACGUAAAAAAUAUCAAGUGUUGGUAAAGUCCCACUAAUCUAUGCUAUAACAAGAACUAUCGUUUGGAGUAUUACCCUUUUUGCUUUGAAGGACUAUUUUCAGUAAUCUGUAAUUAGUGCCGUUUCUAAUUAUGUCUCAUUAUGUGUCCGACUUUCUCCUUUUAAUCGUAAACAUCAUUUCUCUUUCUUUCCCUCUUCGUAGUAUGGUCUCGUUGGUUAUCUUGUCCGUCCAUGAUAUCCUUAGGAUUCAUGCUUUAAGUUUUUCAAGUUUUUUCUCCAUCACUUCAGUGAGUGUCCAGGAAUCAACUCCGACGUAUAAUAUUGAGAAGAUAUAACAUCGUAGGAGCCUUACUUUUAUCUCCAGAUUAAGGUUGUGGCUUUUAAAGAGUUUAGCCAUGUUGUUGAAUGCACUCCUAGCCUUCUCCAUUCUACAUUUUACUUCUUGUGAGUGAUCCCAUUGUUCGUUUACUAUUGUUCCAAGUUAGGUACACUGUUUUACUCGGUCCACUGGUUUAUUCUUGAUAAGCAGUUGGACGUCUCUAAUUUUAUUUUUGCUGAUGACCAUAAAUUUAGUUUUUGAUAUUACUUGUAGUCCAAAAUCUUUCACUUACUUCAUUUACUUUGUUUAUCAGUUCCUGUAAACUGUUCAAACUGUCUGCAAAAAUAUCGGUCUCGUCUGCAUAGCGCAUGUUGUUUAGGCGUUCUCCAUUUAGGGGUAUUCCAUGUUCGCAAAUUUCCAAGGCUUCGCUAAAUAUUUCCUCUGAAUAUAGGUUAAAUGACAUAGAAGAAAGUAUACAUCCUUGUCUAACGCCUUGCAAAAUCUGGAUUGCUUCCGUCGGUUUAUCUCCAAGAUUUUUUCUUAUUGUGGCUGAACGGUUUCAGUAUAAAUUUUGUAUUAUACGCCGGUCUUUAUCAUCUAUUUGGGCUUUUGUUAGAAUCUUAGAACAAUUUGUUAGACAAUCUUAUACAGGGUGUUUCAUUGGGAAACGGAAAUACUUGAAUGGUGAAUAAAGGUCACUGAAGCAGUUCUAGAUAUACUACAUCUAUUACCUCACCGUUGUUUAUAACCGAGUUACAGGCUGUUUUAUCGAUUUUGCCCAUUUCUUUCUGGACCCAUAACUUUAGAACCACCCUGUAGAUUUUUUUGAUAUUUGGUACGCAUAUGUCUCAUUUAGAUCCCAAAUCAUCGAACUACUAAUAACAAGAAAAAUGCAGGUCCGGACUAAAAGAAAAUUAUAAACUCAUUGUGACCUUGAAACAACACCCUGUAUAUUAAAAUUUUCAAAAUUCGUUUGCAUAUUUGAAAAGAGCAGAAAAAACCAAGUUUAACUGUUCGCUACAAUUUUUUGGCUAGACAAUUUAAUGACUUUAAUUUUGAAAUUUUAAUAAAUCUUUUAAGAACUCUGAGAUUAAGAAGCAGGUAUUAUUUACUUUUACUAAUAAAUUGUUAAAAAUAAUGAACAAAUACUUAUUUUAACAAUAAUUCAUAAUUAUUUACUACAUUGGAACGACCCAUUUAGCAAUCAUAAGAAAAAUCCAGGUCCGGAUUAACAAACAAACAUAAAGUAAUUGUGACCUUGAAACAACACUCUGUAUAUUGAAAUUUUUAAAAUCCGUAUGCAUAUUCAAAAAAGCACAAAAAACUAAGUUUAAUGUUUUUCUUCCAUUUUUUGCGCAGGCAAUUUAAUGACUUUAAUUUUGAAAUUAUCUCGAAAUUUUUUAAGAACUCUUUAAGAACUCCUUUUGAAAACUUUAUCAAAAAUUUCGAUAUAUUUUAAAAAUAAUGUCAUUAAAUUGUCUGCGCAAAAUUGAAACGAGCGAUUAAAUUUAGUUUUUGUGCUCUUUUCAAAUGUUGAAACGAAUUUUAAAAAUUUCAAUAUACAGGGUUGUUUUUUCAAGGUCACAAUUACUUUAUAUUUUUUUGUUAAUCCGGACCUGAAUUUUUCUUGAUAUUAGUAGGUGGGUCGUUCCAGUGUAGUAACUGAUUAUUGAUUACUUUUAAAAUGAGUAUUUAUUCACUAACUUUAAUAAUGUACUAUAAAAAGUGCUUUAAAAACCUGCUCUUUCAUUUCAGAGUUCUUAAAAUUUCAAUAUAUUUAAUUUCAAAAUUAUUGUUAUUAAAAUUUCUACGCAAAAAAUUAAACCAAACCUAUAAACUCAGUUUUUGUGCUCUUCUUAAAUGUGCAAACGAAUUUUGAAAAUUACAAUAUACAGGGUCAAAAUUACUUCAUGUUUUUUUUAAUCCGGACCUGGAUUGUUCUUGUGAUUACUAAAUGGGUCGUUCCAACGUAGUAAAUAAUUAUGGAUUAUUGUUAAAAUAAGUAUUUGGUUCAUUAAUUUUAUUAAUUCAUUAGUAAAAGUUAAUAAUGCCUGCUUUUUAAUUUCAGAGUUCUAAAAAAAAUUAAUCCAAAUUUGUUCUUAAAACGUCAUAAAUAACUAAACCUAAUAUAAUUUUUAUAAAAAAUUUACAUAUUUCAUACCUUGGCGGUUAAUUGGUUAAACCUGGUUUUUUCUGCUCUUUUCAAACAUGCAAACGAAUUUUGAAAAUUUUAAUAUUGUUUAAUGUUGUUUCAAGGUCACAAUGAAUUUAUAAUUUUUUUUUAGUCCGCACCUGGAUUUUUCUUGUGAUUAGUAGUUGGAUUGUUUGGGUUCUAAAUGAGACAUAUGUGUACCAAAUAUCAAAAAAAUCUACAGGGUGGUUCUCAAGUCAUGGGUCCAGAAAAAAGAGCAAAAUCGAUAAAACACCCUGUAACACAGUUAUAAACAAUGGUGAGGUAAUAAAAUGUAGUAUAUCUAGAACCGCCUCAAAAAAGUCAAAUUUAGCAUGCAGAGAAUUUUCUUAAAACUUUUCUCAUAAGUUAAGCCAAAGGUGUUAAGUCCGAAUAUGUCACUCUUUUUCGCUGGAAGUGUUUAAAUCCUGAGAUAUUGACAACAAAAUUUAAAAAAAAACAGAAAAAAUGGCUAAUUUUUCGAAUAUCUAUAAAAUCAAUUUUUCUCUACAUAAUUAUAUUGCGACAUAGCAGUCUUAACAUAAUACAUAAUAUGAAAAGAGUUUCAAGAAAAUCAGUCAUUGCAUGCUGAAUUUCAUCUAACCCAGAUUUGUUUAGCAUGUUAAGAGUAUAUUGCUGUUUUCGUUGCUUAAUGUAGAAUUUUAAAAAGACUAUUCAAAAUAUUAUUUUUUUUAGCUCUUUACCAUGCCACUGUAAGUCGUCUAAAUUCCUAUACGAAUAAUAUAAUGCUAACAAAAUUUUUGUGAACCUUUGUUAAAAUGAUUUUACAGUUAAAUACUUUUGUUGUAAUUUCAUAAUUUUAUACUGCGCUGUACAUAACUAGAAUAUAUAGAAAUAUUUACUAUACUACUGAACUACUGACUUUACUUCUAACAUGAUUGUCGUAGCAUAGGUUAACGAAUUGUAAAUAUAUGAUAAGGGUAAAUUUCGCAUAUAUGUAAAUUAUUUUGUACAUUUGUUUCAUAUAUUUUUGUUGCAAAUAAAACGAUGUUUACGUUGAAAA